UUGGUGCUACAUUAAAAGAAGAAGAAAUUCGCGCAAAGUGAGUUGUUUAGCUAUACGGACUCAUCUCUAUUUAGCUUAAAAUGGUUCGCUCUUGCGUCUACCCGGGAUGCUUAAACUUAAGUAAAGUCUUAAGAUUACGUGCCCGGACAUCUGAGGGAGAUACACCGUUAACAUUCCACACAUUUCCUGUAAAUGAUCCGGAGCGGUUGGAGUUAUGGCUUCUCGCUAUUGGUUGGGAUCUAAAUACACCAUGGAAAAAAAUCGAGACAUCCAGGCUGUGCAGUGAACAUUUCAGCUCCGAUGAUUACGAGCCAAAGAAGGGAAAGCCAAGACGACUUCUAAAAUCGACUGCUGUGCCUGUACCUGUGCUGCUGUCUCAGUCAAAUCAGGUUCGACCAGCAGACACUGAACUACAAAAUGAAGAGCAAUGUGAUGUCAGCAUGGAUUAUAUUGCUUCUCCAGAAGACCAAAGGGAUUUUGGUUAUGUUACUGUGAGUUCAGGAGCCGUUCUACAACAAUACGGAUGGAUGUCUGCCUCCGCGCAAUCUACAGAGGCCAUAUCACCUCUGGGUUCUGCAGCAGGUUUUUCUUUGGACAGUGAGGACUCCACGGAGUCAGGGAUGAAGAUGCCAGACCCUCAAGACAGCCUCAUGCAAGGGUAUCACUUGAAGCUCCAGAAGGAGAUGAAGCAGGAGGAUGUAGAUUCAAGACUACAUCAAGAUAAACUCAUAGGUAUGUCAAGUGGGCCAGGAAAGGACAAAGAAACAGAUCAAGAAAUGAAUGAGGAGACUGAGAUAAACGCAGAUGAUACAGCAGAGUGUUCAGAAGAGCUGGUGAUCGCUAAAGUCGAGGACUUCACAAACGAAAUGCCGAUUGAUGAUGACGACUACGCUGGAGAGUACAGUGGCAGGAUAGAGGUGGACGAGCCACAAAAUGCAGACAACGAUGACAAGGACAGGAUGAACUCAUCUGGAACGCAAACGAAGCCAGCAUUAAAACUCAAGAGAAAGCCUGCCGUUGAUCCACCUGUGAAGAUCAAGGAUGAACCAAUAGAUGAUGAGUGUCGGAAGGCUCCUAAGACAACAGUAGGAAAAAUGAAGAAAAAGGACUUUAACAAGACGCCUGAUAAUGAUAUGAAUAUCCAUGCGGCAUUGUCUCUGAGAAGAAAAUCCACAUCUGUUGGAGCUUUAGCCACUGCCACAGUCUCCAUUCCCAGAAAAAACCCUUUCAAGCCUGUUGGUCUGUCAUGUGCAGGCUGUAAAAAAAUCAUACUGAAAGGACAGACGGUCUUCCAGCGCAGAGGCUCUCCUAAAAUCUACUGCUCACUUCAGUGUCUCUGCGUCACCUCUGCUAUUGUGGUCAAGAAGAAAACAUGUCACCACUGCCUAAAAGAGAUUUUGGACCCGAAGGAUGUGCUUUUUGCCCCAGUGGAUGAGUCAGGAAGUGUAAAGGAGUUCUGCAGUCAGACAUGCAUUAAUGCUUUUAACUUCAGGUGCAGCGUGUGUCAGAGGACAGGUGUGAUUCAUGUUCAUGAGGUGACAUACAAGGGCUCCAUCCUUAAGCUGUGCAGCGACAGCUGUUUUAACAAGUUUCGCUCUUCCAAUAAUCUGACUAUGAGCUCCUGUAUGAACUGUGGUGGGUACUGCAAUAGCACCAACGGUUCGUGUCCCACGCUAUUGGUAGAGGGCAAUGCUUUCAAGUUCUGCACCCAGAAUUGCCUCACAGUCUACAGAAAGAGGCGUCUUCAAAGUGUCGCCUGCAAGAUGUGUAGUACCACCCGCCCGGCUGCAGAAAUGGUGAACAGUUUGAAUUUGGAGGGCGUCAAAGAAUUUUUCUGCUCUGCGUCCUGUGCCGUGGCGAGUAAAAAAGUCCAAACGGCUGCUACUUCAGACACUGCCGUGGAAUGCAAAAACUGCAAGAUGAUUACAGAACCGCAGUAUCAUCAAGCCUUUUCUAAUGGAACCGUUCAGAACUUCUGCUCUUUUUCCUGUGUAGUGUGUCAUCAGGCAUCGUUAAACAAGUCAAAAUCUUGCAAGGAAACAAAUGCCUCAACAAAAAAAAGCGCACCUACACUGACACCACCUGCACCCAAACCUGCCCCUGCCGGGUCCAGCUCAUCGGUGAAGAACGGCUCCUCUAGUAGCCCCGAUCAGUCGGUCACCAGACUCCCUUGUGCUCAAUGUCUACUGUCAUUCAUACACAAGCCACAGCUUCUGGAGUUCGAGAAAAAAAUGUACGUUUUCUGUCACAACUCUUGUGUCAAGGAGUUUGAAAAAGCAAACAAAAUCAUGGCUCGCUGCGAAUACUGCAAGAACGUUAAAGCUGUGAAAAUUGUGAAAAGGAUAAACAAAGUUGACCGAACUUUCUGCGGGCAGAAAUGCAAGUUACUCUUUGAGGAAAACCUGGUGAAGGACUGGGGGAUGAAGCACUGUCGUGACUGCUUCUACUGUGACGCUGCCUCUAAGAAUCUAGUGACCGGGGUUUUUAAAGAUAAGGAGGAGGAGUUUUGCGGAAAGCAAUGCUUGAUGAAAUACACCUCAGUGGUCCGUCAGGAAAUGAAGUGUGCAAUGUGCAGGCAGGCCAAGAAGAUGACUGAAACGGUGAAAUGGCUGGGUGAGAUGAAGCAUUUCUGCUGCCUGCGUUGUUUGAUGUUUUUCUGCAGUCUGCAGGGCGUCACUAAAGCUGAAAAGAAAUCUCUGCCUGCACGAGGUGCAACCUUAGCAUCCUCUGCAGUCCAUAAGGGCAUCAAAGAGGCCAGGACACCCAUCUCUGCCAAUGAUACAUUACUCUCGGAUGCAGCCAAUGGACAAAGUCCAGAUCUAGAUGACUCCGUUCCAUCCAUUACUGUAGAGGUUUCAGACGAUGAGAGUUUUCCAGAAAAAAAUGUCAAUAAACAGAAAUGCACAGUGAGCACUUCUGCCCCGCCACCCCGAAUCCAAAAGCGCAAGAACAAAGCAGCGUCAUGUAAACCCAACACCCGUGACGCUGAGACGCAAAGUGAUGAAACUCCGAAAGUGAUAGUGCUUCCUGUGCCAGUCCCUGUGUAUGUGCCAGUUCCCAUGAACCUCUACACGCAGUACGUUCCUCAGUCUGUGGGGUUACCACUACCAGUUCCGGUACCCUUGUUUUUCCCCACAACUCUGGACAAUACUGAAAGCAUUUUGAAGACCAUCCAGGAAAUCAAAGAAAAGAUCCCUGAAAAUCCUCUGGAGGCGGAUCUCAUCAUGAUGGCUGAGAUGGUGGCUGAGGAUACAGAAAAGGAGAAACAAAUCACAUCUAAUGACCAGGCUGGUAACAUAAUGGACGACCUUGAUUUGGAAGAUUUGUCCAGCAGUUUAAGUUGGGAAGAGGAUUCGGUCUCUUCUGCCCAGACAUUGAAUCAAACCACAGAGCUUGAAAAGCCUCCAUCUAAAUCUGCUACACUGACCCUUAUCUCCACCCCAAAAGAAGAGCCACAGAUGGAUCUAGAGGCUGAUUUUCCAGUCGAAAGCACUGUGUUUUUAAAAGAGGAAACACAACAGGAGCAGCAGAUAUCAGAUUUGGUCAAACGGAGACCUCGCAGGAAAGUCAGUGAAGGAGGCUACACUCAAAAGAAACGGGUCAGUAAGUGUGCAGCAGCAGUGAAAGACACAUCAGCCGGCCCAACUAACCUCUCCAAACUGCAACACAAGUAUGGUGUCAGUGCCUGGAUGAACUGGGUUCGCUGGAGAAACACCCAACUCCACUUGGAGACUCCGAGAUAUGGCUUACGAAGCAUGAGACUGAAAGAGGACUUGUUAAAGUGUAGCACUGCCGAGUUGAGCUACGGCCUUUGCAGGUUCAUCGCUGAGGUCCGUCGACCCAAUGGAGAGAAAUACAGCCCUGAUAGCAUCUUUUAUCUCUGCUUGGGGAUUCAACAGCACCUGUUUGAGAAUGAUCGGAUGGAGAAUAUAUUCGCAGAUGUCAAAUUCUGCCAGGAUAUGACUGACAUUCUCAAAGGAUGGACGCCAACUCUUUUGCCCAGUGAGGCAGAUGCCUGCUUUUUGGAAAUGCAGUCAUGUUCUGUUUAUUCUCGGAUAGAGGAGGAGUACCUGUGGGACUGUAAACAGUUGGGGGCUUUCUCACCUGGCGUGCUGCUGAACACGCUGCUUUAUUUCUUCACCAAGUACUUCAACUACAAAACUGUAGAGCAACACCGUCGCCUCUCUUUUGGCCACUUCAAGCGUUCCUGUCGUGACCAGGGCAGCAUCAGUGUGGUCUAUUUAAGUUUUUAUCCCCACAAAGAGGACACAAGCAUAGAUAGCGUUCCAGCAAAAAAGAGGAGGAAAGAAGAUGAAAGGGGAAAGGUGCUAAGGAUAAGAGAGAAUACCCAGAAUCCCUUCCGCUGUCCGGUUCGGCUGUAUGAGUUUUAUGUCUCGAAAUGCCCACCCGGUGUAAGACAUCACACAAACGUGUUUUAUCUGAACCCUGAACGCUCCUGCGUGCCAAGCAGCCCCACAUGGUUCUCCACAUCGUCACUGAGCGAUGAGGCUCUGGAGAUCAUGCUCACACGCAUCCUCACAGUCAGACAGCUGCACCUGCAGGAAGACACAUCGCUCCUCGAAUCAGAUUUUGACAGUGACUCGGACUGAAAAACAGGCCACCAAUGGUCACUGGCACAGGAAGUAGCCAAACUUUCACUGGGAUGAAUGAACCAUGUCGCUCUGCCGCUGCUAGUCGCUGGCAGUGUGAACGGGGUGUAAAUGACUGUAAAGUAGAGAUGUGUCAGGGAAAGAUUUCUCCUGGAUGAUCCUAUUUUUGGCAUUGAUUUCGAUUCUGGUGGUUGAAAGAAGCAAAUAGUUUUUCUUGUGUAUUCUUCAAGUGUUAUAAUUUUAAGAGUGCGUUCACUUUAUACUUAACCUAGCAAUGUUUUUUUUAUAUAUGGAGAUUCUGUCAGAUGAUGAUGAUGAUGAUGAUGAUGAUGAUGAUGAUUGUGAAGGUGUAUAAGGGCUUAGAGCACAAUGCUAGAGGUUGUGUGGUGCAUCAUAACACCCAAAUAUUUUAAUGCCAUUGAGUAUUGGUAAUACAUUGAAACACUGAAGACAUUGGCAGGACCGGUGUAAAAACAUGUUAACGGAGAAUGACUGAUGGGUCUUGUUCAUUUCAAACACUAUUUUGAGUAUGUAAAAUGUUUGUUUUAUUUUUAUAUCAGAAACUUUGCUAGAUGUCCAGAUAGAUGGAAUGAGUUUCUGAAAUGAUCAACCGUUGAUAACUUUACAUUUCAAAACAAGACCAAAAACAAAUCUACAAAUGUCUGUCUUUGUCUUAUUUUCUUUGUAAACCGUUCUAAACGUUUUGUUCAUUGCUUACAUUUUUGCCUGCUUUAAUAACCUCUCUGUUUAAAGUUGGAGUCGUGUAGUGAGAGGUGGAAAUAUGUCAUGUUAUGUAAAUACUUGAGCAUUCACAGAUGGAUAAAUAUAAGACACAAACACAUUUAGAAAAUACAACUGUAUGCAAAAUUAGUUGGCAAAGCAUUUUUUCCAGUUUAUUGCAUUAUAUUGUGUUUAUUAAAUCUUUUUGGAUAUAAUUCAAUUCAACAGAUUUCUGUUGUGCUUCUCACAAUUUUGCAUCAUUGUUGCAAAAUCAGCUCUACAUUGAACACAGAGAGGUGCAGGAAAGAUAUAAAAAUGUAAUAUAUCAUCGACGAAAAGUAAAGAGGCCUACUUUUUGACUCUGUCUUUGAUAACAGGUCACAAAUUGUUUAUAUGUCAUUAUAACAUUGACCCUCAGAUUUAUGACAUUUAGUGAAAUACAGAAUUUAUUAAUUCUGUGUAACCAGAAGAAAAAUGUUAGAGACAAAAUACGUUUUUGGUUCAAAUUAAAAUUUUAUUAUAGUGAUUGGUGUCAUAUAGAGUAAAUAUUGGGCACACCAAAUUUAUUUUAUUUAUUU